AUGUUAGGUGAUCAGCCAAACGAAUCACCCGAAAGUCCCCAAGCAGCGACAAGUUCUACAACACAACAAUCAGUAAUAGUACCCCGUAGUGGUUUACCGCCGUUUCCCCCGUUUGACCCGCUUUCAAAUCCAACAAAUACUGGUCUUAGAUGGCGAAAAUGGCUUCGCCGGUUUGAAAAACUCCUAAUAAGCCUCCGUGAAACCGAUCCAACCGUUAAAAGAGAUCUUUUGCUAACGUAU